AUGGCUACUCUUUACUAUUGGACACAAGUCUGCUAUUUAUCAGUGGUUUUAACCACAAUCGCGUCGCAGGGGUUAACGAACCCGCAGAACAUUAUUUACGGAAACCACGAGUUCUGCGAAAUACAGGACAAGAAGUUUCAAUCGAUCUUCAAUUUAGGCAAUGAUCUCAUAUUUCAGACCAAAACUCAGUUCUUGAAACUCAAUAACUCGAUCGAUACGGACGAGGCGUUGGAGAAGUACCCCUCCCGGAGCGCCCGCUUCUACGCCGACAACGAGAUGAGACUAUUCCUGGCCUCAAUGUUUGUCAUAGACACAUACAAACCAGUGCAUGGCUUCACGUAUCAGUUUAUGUCCAACGAUUGCGGCAGUUUGGAUGUGUUGAACGAAUGCACUGAAGUCUACGACGACUCGCAGAUCUUCUACGCGUGUAUUUACGGAACCGAUUCGCAGACGAACAAAUUCAUGUGGUUUGGCAUGAAAUACAAUAACUCUCGUCUCAUGAUUUUGAACACUCCAGCUCUAAAGUCUCGGGUGACUGACUAUUGCGGCCAUAAGUGGAAACAUCCCGACACUAACUUAGCCAAAGAGGGCUUCUUCUCCGGCGUAUCCUUUCGUUUACCGCAUCCGGAGGUGAGGUUUAUUGAGAUCAAUGUCACCGAUAGUGGAAACGGUACGACUGCCACGACUGGUGGUUAUGGCAACACCACUAGUGUCUAUCCAACCACUGGUUAUAAUGACACCGGAAUACUGUUUGUGCCCUAUUAUGAGGAUAAGAUCACAUAUCAGAUCUUCACAGCCGAGUCUAUGGCGUAUCCAAACACUGUAAACCUAAUUGGCUAUCAGUUCUGCAAAGUAUACGAUAGCAAUCUAACGGAUGCCAAAUACCUCUUUCACGUUAAGUACUAUUUACCCAAAAGUGAGAUCUAUUAUGUGUUCCGUUAUCUGAACAUUACGUGGAGUUGUGGCCAGAAUUGCAAUCUCGACACUCCUCUAAGUCUUAUCCAAUUAGAGCACAACAUUCUGACCACCAGUUUAACGUCCCAAAUGUUUGGUACAAAUCAGACCUUAAAGACUCUCUUCGGUUGCGGUCGCUAUCAAUACGAUUCCUUUCCUUUAUUCAAACCAAACGACUUCUGCGGAACCGAUCAAAGACUUGAGAGUGUCUUCGGAUUAGGAAAUGACCUCUACUUUCAAAAUAACGCCAAAUUCUGGAAGUGGUCUGACGUUAGCUUCAAAAGUGGUGCCAAUCCUGGCAUCAAAUCAGAGCCCAUUUUCUUUGACUCCGAGUUUACAACAAUUCUCAACAAAUUUCAUAUCGACACGACUAAACCUGUGAUGGGAUUUACAUUCAAACUCUAUUCUUCCUUGACUUCUAAUGUCAACGAAUGUCUCACAAAUGCGGACACAAUUCGUUGUCAACUCUACUUAAAUCCAGACUAUUAUAGGGCCUGUAUUUACGCCGAAGUCAUAGACGAUAAUACAAUCGGCAAAUUAAAGGACGAUUUUGAACGAAAAGCGUUUGCCUUUCAGUACACGCCGUCGGGUCUGAAGGCGUUUCCACCGUUUGUGCGCCCGAAAGGACAUCCAUAUCAAGUCGUGUCCAAAGAAACGCAAGCGAUUUGCGAAACGAUUCGCAAUGCAUUCAAACAAAAACAUCCACUUUUAGUGCAUUCAAUGCGAUUGCAAAGUGUGAACGCAUCCCAUCUGAUCAUUGAAAUGAUUGCCACAAAUACUAACAAUGAAUUACAACUCUUGGAAAUUGUGGUUCUGAGGAAUAAGCCAAUAGGCGAAACCACUAAUUAUUUAAAACAUCUCUUACGAAUCUCUGAUAUGAAUCCGUUGUCAAACAUCAAUCAUCGGAUAAUUGGUUAUUCAUAUCUCCUAAACAACAAUACCUACAGAACUAUAAUCAUUGGUCGAAGCAAUUGGAAGACAUCUAAACAAUUCAAUUCCCAAAGCAUUUACGGAGUCUUCGACUUAAAGACAGGUCCACUCAAUCAUAUGAUUCCCAACAAUAAGGGAUCAAAUGACUUACCAUUUAGUGUCCACACAAUCGACGCUUUCGACAAACAGUAUCUGCAAAACAACAUCACAUCCGAUACUAUACUCGCGAUCGCAUACUUACAAAACAAUCAAAGUGUCGAUCAGUAUAAAGAAUGGUAUUUAAAUCCGGUGUCCAUUAUUCUUGACCGCAAAGACGAUCCCAAUAUUUACCACUUUUCCAAACGCUUAUCUGCCCUCGAAUUUCCGGGAAAUAGUACUCCGUUUUCGGAAGUGUUUUCUCCAUUUCCUACGGGUUAUGGAAGGAAUAGAUUCACCAAAAUAUUGGGAAUGUUUUCCUACAAUAAAAUAUUCUAUUUAUUAGUAUUUCCAAAAGACAUUUCAUAUCCAGUGGUUUAUCAGAUCAGCGUUUUUAAUCAUAUCGAGCACUUGACACUUGAUGGCUUUGAAUUCAAUGUGUUCUUCAAUUGUCCGAUACCACCAUCAUCUGUGUCCACAACUGGUAGGCGUGCGAUGAAUGUAUUGCUUGUCUUACUAUUGAUAUCACUGGUGAUCGUGAUUGUGAUCGCACUGAUUGUCGCUUUUGUCAAACACCGCAACAAUGAGUCGAAGACAAAACCAGUGACUAAUAAGAACGAUAAGGAUAUAGCGAGUGAUGCAAAGAAUGCUCAAAAGCCAUCGACAACUCCAGCAAAAGCUAAUCCAGAAGUCCAGAGCCCGACGACAACUGAGCCUAAUAUCCAAACGCCAUCAAAACUUGAGGCCGAAGUCCCAAAAUCCGCGAAAUCAGACUCCAUUGAGUCCAAAAGAUCUUUGUUUUGA